AUGUCUGACAACGUCGGUCUCUCAACGCCUCGCGGCAGCGGCACUUCGGGCUAUGUCCAACGCAACCUCGCGCACAUGCGCCCGCGCGACUACGGUGCGCCCUACCCCCCAAAGGAUGCGGACUCGUUCCGCCACAAGCAGCGACAGCCCGAUAAGGAGAUCUUGGAGCACGACCGUAAGCGCGAGGUAGAGGUCAAGGUGCUCGACCUGCGUGAUACUCUCGAAGACGAAGGUCUCGACGAAGAGGAAGUAGAGAAACGAUGCGAUGAGAUGCGAACGAAGCUGCUGGCCGAGCUCGAGAAACAGAAGAAUAGCCGGGGUGGCGGUGCCGGACCCGUACGCAAGCACUUCAAAAGUCACCAAGUGCACGAGAUGGCCGACGCCAAGAUCAAAGAGAGCGAGAGACUACGGAACGCAUUGAGAAUAAGUAAAGAUUACGAGGAGGGAAGCCAUUGGAAGAGACAAGAGGAGAGGCUCCGGGGUUCUCUAGAGAAGGAUACCAAGAGAGAGGACGUUGACUAG